AUGCCGCCUUUUUGGCUGGCUGGGAUCAAGCUGGUUGGUGCGCCGUGCACUGGGAUUCCAAUGGAUCUUGCCAACACCCCCAUCUUCACAUCCCCAAUUCACCACACAAAUGGUGCUUCGCGGUCUUGA